AAUGCCCCGGUACGAGCCUAAAUGAUUCGGGUUCAAAACACUAUUAGCCCGAUUUUUCUCUCCUUCCGCCUUUCUCCUGUCGUCGCCUCCUCCAUCUGGGUAUUUCUCCUUCUCCUCCUCCGCCGCCGCCAUCCACCACCGUAAUAGCGCUACCACUUCUAAGCUGAGAGAUCGACUUUUGAGGGUCUCUUUUGCUAAUGGGUUCACCUGAACGCACAAGGAGAUCUGCGAGACAGGAUGUAAAUGAGGAUGUAGAGGUGAACAUUGAUAGUGUCAGGGAGGAUGAUGAGUGGGAUGGUGAUGAUAAGAGAAAACACCGGUCAAACAAGUCAAGGAAACCUGGAAGUGGGGAAGACACUGAUGUUUUGGAUGGCAGUGCUAGAAAAAGAAGUGCGGCUGACAGAUAUGAGAGUCGAAAGAGAGUGGCUAGUUCGAGCAGAGCUGACAGCGAUCAGGAUGACUAUGAAGCUAGAAAGGAGCGCUCUAAGCAGAUGAAGAAAAAAUUAGAAGUAAAUGCAUUGGAAAAAAUGAGCAGUUGGUAUCAAGAUGGAGAAGCAGAGAACAGACAUGAGAGUGGGGACAAAUCUGAGAGUAGAGGACACAGUAGAGCUGAUGAAAGGGACAGAAAGAAACCAAAUUCAAAGUACUCAGAUCAUGAUUUUAUUGAUGAAAAGGUUCAAGAAAGAGAUUCUAGACAUUCAGAUAGAAGGGAUAGUGGCAGAGAAAAGAGACAUGGGUCUGCCGAGCAUGGAAGAACCUCUCACAGAAGAUGGGAUGAGUCUGAUGCGGUUGGUAAGUCUUCUGGUCCUAAGCUGGAUAGUUCCAGAGAAAGAAGCGACUCUCUGAAAAUUGAGCCAGCCUAUAGCAAAAGCAUGGAUUUGGUCUCAAUUGAUGAAAAAGGUAUUAAGUCUCAGGACAGAGAGGAGAGAGGAGCUGAUUCAGAAAAGAGUAAGAGGGGGAAGUCUGAAGCUCUGGAGGACAUUGAGAUAUGUGCUGUGCAUGAAGAUAUAUCAAGUAAAGAGAGAUUCGAGGAGAAUAGACAGUUGAGAAACUCAAUUAGUCGAGAUGUUGACAUCCGUGAGAGGUCUUUCAAUGCAGAUGAAGAGGCGAGAGACAAAAGUAGGAGAGAGGUUGACAGUUCCAUUGUGUCCAGGACACCUGAGAGGAGUGGAAGGCGUCAUUAUGAAUCAGACAAUUUUGACAUGGAUUAUGAAAGGAGCACUAGUUUCAGGAGGAAAGAACAGGGUAGAGAUAGCUCGUGGGAUGAUAGAUCCAAAGAAAGAGAUGAAAGUUGGGGUGACAAAAGUAGGGAUAGGGAAAACAUUAAAGAUAACUGGAAAAGGAGGCAAGACAAGGAAGCAAGAGAUGGGGAAGUAGCCUAUAAUCUGGGAAGAGAUUGGGAAUUUUCAAGGCGUGGACGUGAGAGGAUUGAUGGUGAAAGACCUCAUGGUCGCAUUGGUGGUAGAAAAGAUGGAAGCCGGACUGAAGCUGUGAAAACCUCAUCAAAGUAUGGGAUAUCAAAUGAUAACUAUGAUGUGAUUGAGAUCCAGACCAAGUCAUUUGAUUAUGGAAGAGAGGAGUCUGGAUCAAUUUUUGCAAGAAGCAGUGAUGUUGUUCUUCAAUCUGACAAUAAAUCAGCCCCACGUGAUGAAGAGUUUGGUUAUUCAAGGUUGGAAAGGUCAAAAAACACUCCUGCAUCCGGAUCGUCUGGUGAAGGUUCAAAAGAAAGAUUCAUGGAUGGUGGCCUUACAAUGCCAGAUUCAUGGAGAGAUGACACUGAUAAUCAGACAGAAAAUUCUAGACUCCAGAGAGGUGUUGGGUCGAAUCAUGGUGCUGCAAGCCAAAGUUUUAGCAGUGGCUCACAACUCCCACUUGGAAAUCCAGAGCCAGGUUCCUUCAGUAGAGGUGCUUUUCAAGGUGUCAGGGGAAGUAGAGUAGGGAGAGGGGGAAGGGGUAGGCAUCCAGGGAGAGACAAUCAACAGGCUGGUAUUCCAAUACCCUUGAUUGGAUCACCAUUUGGACCGCUUGGAAUGCCUCUUCCUGGACCUAUGCAAUCUCUAAAUCCAAACAUGUCCCCUGCUCCUGUUCCUCCAAUUUCUCCAGGAGUAUUUAUUCCACCGUUUCAACCUCCUGUUGUUUGGCCUGGAGCUCGAGGUGUUGAGAUGAAUAUGCUUGCUGUUCCACCUGGUCUCCCACCUGUUCCUCCUGGGCCAUCGGGACCUAGAUUUCCCCCUAAUAUCGGAAAUCCACCAAAUCCGGCUUUGUUUUUCAAUCCAUCAGGACCUGGAAGGGGAUCGAUUCCUAACAUGUCUGGCCCUAAUUUUGUUGCUAAUGCUCCAGCAGUCCGUGGACAACCUCAAGACAAAGCCCCUGGGGGCUGGGUUCCUUCUAGAUCUAAUGGACCUCAUGGCAAAGCUCCUUCUAGAGGAGAGCAGAACGAUUAUUCUCAAAAUUUUGUCGACACUGGUAUGCGUCCCCAGAAUUUUAUAAGGGAAUUGGAGCUCUCUAGUGUCGUGGAGGACUAUCCAAAGCUUCGGGAGCUUAUACAGAAAAAGGAUGAAAUUGUUGCCAAAUCUUCCUCUCCUCCUAUGUAUUAUAAGUGUGAUCUGCGGGAGCAGGUGCUUUCUCCAGAAUUCUUUGCGACCAAGUUUGAUGUAAUUCUCGUUGACCCACCUUGGGAGGAAUAUGUUCACCGAGCUCCUGGAGUGACUGAUCAUAUGGAGUACUGGACAUUUGAAGAAAUAAUGAAUCUCAAGAUUGAGGCAAUUGCAGACACUCCAUCUUUCAUCUUCCUUUGGGUUGGUGAUGGUGUUGGGCUAGAGCAAGGCAGACAAUGUCUAAAGAAGUGGGGAUUUCGCAGAUGUGAAGAUAUAUGUUGGGUGAAGACAAAUAAAACAAAUGCAACUCCUGGAUUGCGUCACGAUUCUCAUACUCUAUUUCAGCGCUCAAAGGAACACUGCUUGAUGGGAAUAAAAGGAACUGUACGUCGCAGUACUGAUGGUCACAUAAUCCAUGCCAACAUUGACACUGAUGUAAUAAUUGCUGAGGAGCCUCCUUAUGGAUCAACUGCAAAGCCUGAAGAUAUGUAUCGGAUAAUUGAACAUUUUGCUCUUGGACGGAGAAGGCUUGAGCUUUUCGGUGAAGAUCAUAACAUUCGUUCUGGCUGGUUGACAGUUGGAAAUGGAUUAUCUUCCUCGAACUUUAAUUCCGAGGCAUAUAUUAGGAGUUUCAUGGAUAAGGACGGAAAAAUUUGGCAAGGAGGGGGAGGAAGAAAUCCACCGCCGGAGGCACCACACCUUGUCCUUACUACUCCCGAAAUAGAGGCUCUUCGUCCGAAGUCACCAAUGAAGAACCAGCUGCAAAUGCAACAACAGCAGUCGGCAUCUAUAACCCUGACAGCAGCAAAUCCCAGCAACAAAAAGACUAGCGGAAAUUCGCCACAGAAUCAUAACGCACCAAAUCUAAAUCAAGAGGCCUCGAGCUCUAAUGUCUCGACUCCAGGUCCGUGGGCUUCACCAAUACAAACCUUUAAAGGAAGAGAAGGUGGGUACAUGGGUUCGGAUGAUAGGGUUUUCGAUGUAUACGGUUAUAAUGCACCACCAUUUGGUCCGGCUAAUGGAGACUUAUCAGAUUAUGAUACUCAGAGAGGAAUGAAUAUGUUGUAGUUUAUAAUCAACACUUUUGUUCUGUUAACAUUUCUUGAAAUUUUGUUAUUUUGAUUAAAAAAAUUAUUAAUCUUUUAUCU